AUGGUGAAUAUUCAACAUAAAUUAUCAUUAUUCCCAAAAUUUACAGUUGUAUUACAAAUAUCAAGAUGUUCAUGUUAUCAAAGAAGAUAUUAUCAACGAAAUGACAAAACCCGCCAUUAUUCGACUACACAAGCAACGCAGGCAAAUGCUAAAACAUGUUAUGUAACGACCACAAUUACACAUUAUCUUGUGUAUCAAACAACAACAAUAACAACAAAUACAAACAAAUAUUUAUUAAAUAAAAUAAAAUAUUUUUACCAAUAUUCAAUAUAUUGUACAUAUUCAACAAUAUUUAAAAAUAAUAAUGGGUUACGAAGUCAUUUAAAUGGCGUUGUACGCUGUAAUAACGAAACAACAACAAACUUAAUAUCAAUAACAGCAAAGAAUAUUACAAAAAUGUGGAAAUUUGCAACAAGAACAUUUAAAGAGGCAUUCAGUAAUGGUACAGUAUUUGGUUGUGGUAAUGGUAGCGGUACUUCAAAUGGUGUUACAUCGUAUUGUCGAUGUACAUUAAAUAAUAUAUACAAUAAUGAUGAGCAACAAUUAUUAUUGCAAUCAACAUCAACAUUAAGUGAUAAUAAUGAAGAUAAUGAGAAUAAUCUGGUCGUAACUGAUGAAUCUCCAAAUAUAAAAAAUAAUUUUAAUUAUUGUUUGUAUAAAAAUUUAUAUCAAAUAUCAUUUAAGUGUAGUAAUACGUUACAAUCACUUGGAUGGUAUAUCAAUCAUUUUCUAUCGCUACAACAAAACAGUGCCAUCAAUAAACCGCAAAUAAAACAAACACCUGUUAAUCAUAAAGAAUUAAUCAUAUUAGAUACAAAAAACUAUAAAAAAAUUGGAAUACGACUAGCUGAUUUAACUUUAACAGCCACACCAAAAUUAUCCAAAACAAUUAUUACAAAUGCUUUAAAUCCACAAAUUAUUGAAACAUUUCAAUUAAAAGAUGUAAAAACAAAAAAUAAUAGUCAAAGUAGUUUAUCUACUGAAAAUAAUACAAUUAUUGUAAAUAGCACAAGUAGUACCACCGAAUCAUUUAUUGAUUUAAAGUCGAAUAUUACCAAGAAUGAAGAUCCAAUACGCCAAAUUGAAAUAAAUGUGCCAAAAAAUGAUACAAAUAAUAGCCCAAAAACAACAGAAACUCAGAACACAAAGAAUAAGAAUGAACAAGCAAUUGAAGAUGCAGCAGCACGUUUUGCAUUCGUUACAGGCGUAUUAGAGAAUCAAUUAGGUGCAGCAUACUUAAAACAACAACAAAAAACCAAUAACUCAAAUUUAGAUAUAGCAUUAGGCCAUUUUGAGGCUGGUACAUUAUAUAAGAAUGCGUCGGCUGCAUUUAAUUUAGGUCUGUGCUAUGAAUUGGGUAUUGGUACCAAACAAAAUUAUCAAGCAGCCGCUAAAUGUUACAAAACAGCAAUUGAACUAGGUGGCCAUACAAAAGCAAUGUAUAAUUUAGCAAUAUAUUAUAUCAAAGGUUUAGGUGAUUUACCGCAAGAUUUUAAUUUAGCAUAUCAAUUAUUUUUAAAUGCUGCACAAAAAGGACAUUUACAAUCAAUACAAGCUUUACAUUCAGUCAAAGAAUAUAACAACAAAAAUGUGAAUAACAAAACAACAACUAGUUUACAAGAAAAACAAUUACUGACCUGUUAAUUUUGAAAAAAUCGUUUUAGAAAAUUGUUGUUUGUUUCUUUUUUUUGGUUAAAUAUAUGAUUUCAUAGGUAUACAGAAAUAUAUAAAAUACAUGUUUUAUUUUCCUUAAUAUUAAGGGUAUCGCCCUUUUUUAUUACACAAAAAUGUAUUUAAGG